GUGGUGAAGGAAGAGAUCUCAGAUGAAAGUGCCAAGCUCCCCUGCUUCAACGGACGAGUGGUGUCCUGGGUAAGAACAGAGUUGGGAGAGGUAGACUGUACACCAGUAUCCUGGACCAGUAAAAGACCCAGCAGGAGAAGGGGAGACUGGGGGGGGUACUUCCUGAAUCGCUUUAAAUUAUUUUUCCAGGACUGAAUUGUAAAAGUCAGGUUCCCAAGUCGAAACAAUACUACUGAAAUGGACCUAGCAGCUCAAAUAUAUUACCUUUGAACCAGAGCCAGAGAUGUAGCCUACAGACUCUGGCAAACUCAUUCUGGAAUUGAGAGUUUAAACGGGCGCCAUGCUGGCGUCAAAAGUUCCAAACCAUUACAUUAUCUUCUAAGAAUGCCAAUUAGAAUGUUAUUGUCAUGGAACGCUUGGUGCCAACAUGGCAGACAUUUCUUUAACGACCUCUGUAGCUAGGGCCCUGCUUUUACUAGUAGAGCGUUUACAAAAACCCACUAUCAUAAACACCUUGGUCUGGGAACGUAACACUGACAGAAACAAAGGAUUUCUUACAUCCUCAAAUUCCCCCGCUUAUGAUUACCUUACCCUACCCUAGAGAACAUUAUUACCUUGAGUCCUCCAGACAAAACAUUGUGACUUGUCCAGGAUAAGGGGGUUGGGAGGAAUGCAUCUGCUAAGUGCAUAAGAAGGAGGACAAGAAACAAGGGAGAGGGAUUUGGACAAACAGAGGAGACCAUAGGGACGGAUACAUGAUAGGAUGAUGGAGUGCUCUAUGGUCAAACAGCCAUUAGAGGAGAGAGAGAGCGAGGGAGGAAAGUUUAAAGAAAGGGGGGCAAAGUGUUCUGUCACUUGGGGCAGGGAUAUUCAAUCAAAACCGCAAACCGGUUCUCAAGGUUAAGUUCAAGACAGAACUUUAUCCACAAAGCUCAAACACAUUUGAGUGCAUGUAGUUUGUUCAAUGUUAAGUCCCUCUUCAUACAACAACAGAAAUGUAUAGAAACCCAGAAUCUGUGGUUUCUAUACAGACUGGUGUGUGUAUAGGUGUAUGCUAGGUCUGUAGGAAAUAGAAUGCCAGUGGUUGUUUCCUUUUGCCUUGCAGCCAUCCAUGGAGGAGUGUGUGUGUCUGUGAUGUUUGUGUGUGUGCGUCCGUUUUCAUUCUCUAAAGCACUCUGGGUAUGUAAUGGAGGGAGACGGGCUAAGUGUUGGGUUAGCAUUUCAGUUGGCCCCUGAGAUUUUCCUCAAAGGAGUAAAGAUGUGUUUGUGUCAAAGUAAUUGACAUCUCUUACCCCCAUUUUUUCCCCUCCCUCCCUCCCUUUCUUUUAACCCCAUAUUUAUUUUCUCUCCCCCUCUUCAACCUAUUUCCCCCCCCCGUCUCUCGUAUGCUCUCCUCUGCUUCUUACUUAAUUAUUUUGCCCUCAUCCUCCUUUUUUAUCCUCCAUCCUCACUAUCAUCCCUUUUCAACUCCUUUCCCCCCACUUCCUCCCCUACUUCCCCCGCCUGUCCCACCCCUCUCUGUCCCUCCAUCCAUCUCUGCUCUAUUCUCCUCAGUUGGUAUCAUCAGACACCCCAGCAGCAGCAGCAGAGCUGGUAUCACCAGUCCUUCCUCCACCCCCAGCAGAAGUCCGGCCCCUGCCCUCACCCCCUCCUCCUCCCCUCCCACCCCCACCUGUCGAGAGGACCGGGGGCAUCGGUGACUCCAGACCCCCAUCGUUCCAGUACUUACACACAUGCAUGCACACACACACACACACACACACACACACACACACACACCCUUUCCCACAAUCACAGUAUCCUAGUCUCACUCUGCUGUAUCUUUCACACUGUAUCUAGUGUAUUCUGUUCACUCCAGCCAUCAUGUUACCUACUGUUAAAUACAACAGCCCAUUUCAAGAUGAUCUUAGCCUGUGCCGCCCAUUGACUCUAAGCACCUGUCUAGAAGAUCAUAAUACACAGCAAACCUGGGUUCAAAUAGUGUUUAAAAUCAUUAGCUGCACUAGAUUGAGUGUGCCUGACACAAUGGGACCAAUGGAAUGGUCAAACUCGCCCAUCUACCACUCAAGGCAGACUAAAGUAAUCGCUCAAAGUGAUUGAAAAUUCAGAUUUGAGUAUACACUUUUCAUAUUAAUGAGGUAUGCUUGUUUUUGUGAGGAAUCUUAUCUCAGUGAAAUGUCAAUGGAGCACUGAGCAUACCGCAAGCUUUUUAUUUUCAAAGUAUUUUAUAUUUAAUUCAGCUCGUGUUAAUUUAGCUUUUUGCGACCAGCUGAAACAACUUUGCAGACGACCACCACAAAAUGUAAAGUCCUCAAAAGUCGCUGCGAGAAAGCGGCGCUUCUGUCAACAGAGCUCGGUGUGUAUUAUCGGGUAUAUUAGGUUACGAAAUCUGACUUUUUGGAUAUCAUUUUUAUGAUAUGUUAGAGAAAGACCCCACUGAACGAUUCAGAACAUUAAAGAAUCAUAUUUGUCUUGGUAAAAUGUAUUUUAUAACAUAUUGAAGUUACAUUUCAUCACCAAAGUGCGUUUCACCCGCCCUGGGCAGAGUGGGUGGACACCCUACACAUUAUAUGGUAGCUAUCUGCCCUCAGGUUGGAAUAUGAUCUGGCUUGUAGCCUAUUUGAGUACAGGUUAUAUGUGCUGCUAUUUGUGGUUUAUUAGAUAAUGUAUGUCACAGAGCCGACAUACAAUACCAUCUCAUAUCAAUUUUAUGGUCACAUGCGCCGAAUCAACGGUGCAGACAUUACGAAUCUACACAGCCCUACCAACAGUGCAUCUAUUUUACAAAAAAAUAAAAUAAACAACACAAAAAAAUGGAAAAAAAGGCAGAAGUAAAUAGACAGUAGGAGUAUAAGGGGGGUACGUUGCGAGUCACAGGGCACGCUAUUGAGUAUUGAAUAUGUACUGUGGGUAAUUAAGUUAGCUAAAUAAUUAACAGAGUAGCAGCAGCGUAAAAAGGAUGGGGUGGGGGGGGGCAGUGCAAAUAGUCCGGGUAGCCAUGAUUAGCUGUUCAGGAGUCUUAUGGCUUGGGGGUAGAAGCUGUUGAGAAGUCUUUUGGACCUAGACUUGGCACUCCGGUACCGCUUGCCGUGCGGUAGCAGAGAGAACAGUCUAUGACUAGGGUGGCUGGAGUCUUUGACAAUUUUGAGGGCCUUCCUCUGACAACCGCCUGGUAUAGAGGUCCUGGAUGGCAGGAAGCUUGGCCCCAGUGAUGUACUGGGCCGUACGCACUACCCUCUGUAGUGCCUUGCGGUCGGAGGCCAAGCAGUUGCCAUACCAGGCGGUGAUGCAACCAGUCAGGAUGCUCUCGAUGGUGCAGCUGUAGAAUUUUUUGAGGAUCUGAGGACCCAUGCCAAAUCUUUUCAGUCUCCUGAGGGGGAAUAGGCUUUGUCGUGCCCUCUUCACGACUGUCUUGGUGUGUUUGGACCAUGAUAGUUCGUUGGUGAUGUGGACACCAAGGAACUUGAAGCUCUCAACCUGUUCCACUACAGCCCCGUCGAUGAGAAUGGGGGCGUGCUCAGUCCUCUUUUUUUUUCCUGUAGUCCACAAUCAUCUCCUUUGUCUUGGUCACGUUGAGGGAGAGGUUGUUGUCCUGGCACCACACGGCCAGGUCUCUGACCUCCUCCCUAUAGGCUGUCUCAUCGUAGUCGGUGAUCAGGCCUACCACUGUUGUGUCGUCGGCAAACUUAAUGAUGGUGUUGGAGUCGUGCCUGGCCAUGCAGUCAUGGGUGAACAGAGAGUACAGGAGGGGACUGAGCACGCACCCCUGAGGGGCCCCCGUGUUGAGGAUCAGUGUGGAAGAUGUGUUGUUACCUACCCUUACCACCUGGGGGCGGCCCGUGUCCCAGGAUCCUUAGCUUAGUGAUGAGCUUAGAGGGCACUAUGGUGUUGAAUGCUGAGCUGUAGUCAAUGAAUAGCAUUCUCACGUAGGUGUUCCUCUUGUCCAGGUGGAAAGGGCAGUGGGAGUGCCAUAGAGAUUGCUUUCAUCUGUGGAUCUGUUGGGGCGGUAUGCAAAUUGGAGUGGGUCUGGGGUUUCUGGGAUAAUGCUUUUGAUGUGAGCCAUGACCAGCCUUUCAAAGCACUUCAUGGCACAGACGUCAGUGCUACGGGUCGGUAUUUAUUUUGGCAGUUAUCUUAGAGUCCUUGGGCACGGGGACUAUGAAUGAGUAGAAUGGACCAAAUAAUUAUAAUUCUAUGUUUUCCCCACUUUUCCCCUCUCCUCUCCCUAUCCAGUCCCAAUGCAGCAGGCAGUGUGGAGAACCUGGAUGACCAGUCAGAAACAGAGUCUGUGGUGUCCUUUAGGAGAGAGAGACCCAGACACAGGGAGGCCAUGGAGCAACGUGGUGAGCACUACACAGCACACACUCUGUCACAUGAUGGAACAGCACUGGGUUGUGUUCAGUAGGGCACACGUAGGAAAAAACGGAAAAUGACAAUGAUCGGUUCUAAUUGGCCAAUGUCAGGCUUCCCGUUUUCAAAAUGUUUUCUCCCAUUUCGUACCUACCAAUCACAACCCUUGUUCUAGUGGUAAAAGCAAUUGACAUUGACAACCUGACUAAACAUGAGUCAUAGUAAAGCCUCUUUUUCUCUCGCCCUCUCUCCUCUCCCCUCACGCUGUCUCUCUCUGUGGUGCCUCAGGGCCGAGGAUGAAUGGCCAGAGCGGCAUGGAGCAACACCUAGCGGGCUAUGAGAGCGCUACCACUGUGAUGAGCAGCGAGCUGGACACCACCAGUUUCUGUGACUCUGAGGAGGACGACACCAUGAGCCGAUUCAGCGGCUCCACGGAGCAGAGCACGGCGUCCAGGCUGCUCAAACGCCACCGCAGACGCAGGAAACAGCGCCCCCCGAGGCUAGAAAGGGUAUAGUUUUCUUUAUUUUUUUACUUUUAAACAUCGCAAGUCAGAAAUGGCCCAUUCUGCGUUGGAAUGUAUUGUAUUUUUACUGUGUUUUUCCCAUGUCUUGUCCCAGGCGUCGUCGUUCAGCAGUGUGACAGACUCCACCAUGUCUCUGAACAUCAUCACCGUCACACUCAACAUGGGUCAGUAACGUUACACUGUUCCCUUCUAAUGUCUCUCCAUCGUCUGUUUUUACCUCUCCCAUCUGUUUUUCUGACCUUCUCUUGGACUGUCAUGCUUUUUCACGGUAUUUUAUACCUCAAACCUACCGUCGACCUAACCAGUACUCUGCCCGUCCAUUAUUUAUUUAUUUUUCUUCUGGAAAUGGCCUACAAAUCCUAGCCUGGUGAAACCAGCCUGAUCUUGCAAUGGCUCACAUUCUGUGAAGUGAAACGCAAGUGCAGCGACCAGGCUAUAGAAAUCCACCCCUCACACAUUUCUGCCCUAUUGACCUCCCUAUGGGCCGUGGUGAAAAGUAGUGCACCAUUUAGGGAAUAGGGUGCCUUUUGGGACAAAGCUCAAUCUCAUCACCUCUUCCUCUCCUUUGCCCCCCCUGUAGAGAAGUAUAACUUCCUGGGUAUCAGUAUCGUGGGGCAGAGCAACGAGAGGGGAGAUGGGGGCAUCUACAUCGGCUCCAUCAUGAAGGGAGGGGCGGUGGCCGCAGACGGACGCAUCGAACCCGGGGACAUGCUCCUACAGGUGCGGGCUGACUGGGUGACUACAGGAUGUCACUAGAUAGCCAUGCUACAACUGGUGAUUACGUGAGCCAUUUGUUCUUGACUUAGGAUUCAACCAUUCAUGUUUACUGACUCUGUCUUUCUCUUCAAGGUGAACGACAUCAACUUUGAGAACAUGAGCAACGAUGACGCGGUACGCGUACUGAGGGAGAUUGUACACAAACCGGGGUCAGUGGCUAACAUAAAUACAUUCACGUUGACAUUCCCAACCAGUUGUCUUUGUGUGAAAUGUCUGGUCAGUUGACAUGUGGUGACGAUUGUGGUGAUGAUGACCUGUCUCGCUCUCUCUCUCAGACCCAUCAUCCUGACAGUGGCCAAGUGCUGGGACCCGUCACCUCAGGGCUACUUCACCCUCCCUCGCAGUGAGUAGUAGGCUGCACGCCUCGUCUCUACCAUAGAGAUAGUUGGAAGACUGAGUAGUUAACUUGUACAGAUACUCUAUGGUCUUUAUAUAGUGAUGCCAUCAAUACAUUAUCCUCAGAAAUGCUAAAUAAAUUAUGUUUCAGAUGGAAUAAAUUAGAUAUUUUGUCGUCCCUCCCCCCCCCUCUCUUUGUAGAUGAGCCGAUCCGGCCAAUAGACCCAGCAGUGUGGGUGAACCACUCGGUGGCCCUGACGGGGGCUUACCCCCCCUACACCGCCAGCUCCGCUCUCAGCACAAUCACCUCUUCCUCCGUCACUGAGACAGAACGUGAGUACCCCACUCUUUCUCUUUUUAUCUCUUUCGUCUCUAUUUUAGCAUUCUCUCUUUUCAACUUUGUCUACUCUCACGCUCUGUUCAAUUCCUCCAUUCACUCUUUCCCUCUCUCUCCGCUCGUCUCUCCUCUCUCUCUUUUUCCCCUCGUUUCCCUGUCUCUCUCGCUCUCCCUGUCUCUCUCUCUCUCUCUCCCUGUCUCUCUCUCUCUCUCGCCUCCCGUCUCUCUUUCUCUCUCUCUCCCUGUAUCUCUCUCUCUCUCCCUGUCCUCUGCAGCUCUCUCCCUGUCUCGCUCUCUCCAUGUCUGUCUCUCCCUGUGUCUCGCUCUCUCCCUGUCUGAUCUCUUCUGUCUCUCCUCUCUCAUUCUCUGUCUCUCGCUCUCUCUCGCUGUCUCUCGCUCUCUUCUCUGUUCUCUCGCUCUCCUCUUGUCUCUCGCGCUCUCUCUCUGUCUUCUCGCUCCUCUCUCUCUGUCUCUCGCUCUCUCUCUCGGUCUCCGCUCUCUUCUCUCGCUCUCUCUCGCUGUCUCUCGCUCGCCUCCUCUCUGUCUCUCGCUCGCUCUCUCUCUCUGUCUCGUAGCGCUCGCUCUCUAUCUCUGGUCUCUCGAGCGCUCUGUCUCUCGCUCGCUCUCUCUCUCUCUUCUGUCUCUCGCUCGCUCUGUCUCUCGCUCGCUCGCUCUCUCUCUCUGUCUCUCGCUCGCUCUCUCUCCCUGUCUCUCGCUCGCUCGCUCUCUCUCCCUGUCUCUCGCUCGCUCGCUCUCUCUCCCUGUCUCUCGCUCUUUUCUUCCCUGUCUCUCGCUCGCUCGCUUCUCUCUCUGUCUGUCGCUCGCUCGCUCUCUCUCCCUGUCCUCUCGCUCGCUCGCUCUCUCUCCCUGUCUCUCGCUCGCUCGCUCUCUCUCACUGUCUCUCGCUCGCUCGCUCUCUCUCCCUGUCUCUCGCUCGCUCGCUCUCUCUCCCUGUCUCUCGCUCGCUCGCUCUCUCUCCCUGUCUCUCGCUCGCUCGCUCUCUCUCCCUUUUCUCUCGCUCGCUCGCUCUCUCUCCCUGUCUCUCGCUCGCUCUCUCUCCCUGUCUCUCGCUCGCUCGCUCUCUCUCCCUGUCUCUCGCUCGCUCGCUCUCUCUCCCUGUCUCUCGCUCGCUCGCUCUCUCUCCCUGUCUCUCGCAUCGCUCGCUCUCUCUCCCUGUCUCUCGCUCGCUCUCCUCCCGGUCUCUCGCUCGCUCUCUCUCCCUGUCUCUCCGCUCGCUCCUCUCUCCUGUCUCUCGCUCUCUCCCUGUCUCUCGCUCUCUCCCUGUCUCUCGCUCUCUCCCUGUCUCCCUGUUCUCUCGCUCUCUCUCUCUCCCUGUCUCUCGCUCUCUCUCUCUCCCUGUCUCUCGCUCUCUCUCUCUCCCUGUCUCUCGCUCUCUCUCUCUCUCCCUGUCUCUCGCUCUCUCUCUCCCCUCUUCCCUCCCUGUCUCUCGCUCUCUCUCUCUCUCUCGCUCUCUCUCGCUCUCUCUCUCUCUCCCUGUCUCUCGCUCUCUCUCUCUCUCCCUGUCUCUCGCUCUCUCUCCCUGUCUCUCGCUCUCUCUCGCUCUCUCUCCCUGUCUCUCGCUCUCUCUCGCUCUCUCUCCCUGUCUCUCGCUCUCUCUGUCUCUUUUCCCUGUCUCUCGCUCUCUCUGUCUCUCUCCCUGUCUCUCGCUCUCUCUGUCUCUCCUCCCGGUCUCUCGCUCUCUCGCUCUCUCUCUCUCCCUGUCUCUCGCUCUCUCGCUCUCUCUCUCUCCCUGUCUCUCGCUCUCUCUCUCUCCCUGUCUCUCGCUCUCUCUGUCCUCUCCCUGUCUCUCGCUCGCUCUCUCUCUCCCUGUCUCUCGCUCUCUCUCUCCCUGUCUCUCGCUCUCUCUCUCCUCCCUGUCUCUCGCUCUCUCUCUCUCCCUGUCUUCGUCUCUCUCUCUCUCUCCCUGUCUCUCGCUCUCUCUCUCUCUCUCUCUCUCCCCUGUCUCUCACUCUCUCUCUCUCCCUGUCUCUCGCUCUCUCUCUCUCUCUCCCUGUCCUCGCUCUCUCUCUCUCUCUCCCUGUCUCUCGCUCUCUCUCUCUCUCUCUCCCUGUCUCUCUCUCGCUCUCUCUCUCUCUCCCUCUCUACGCUCUCCUCUCUCUCCCUGUCUCUCGCUCUCUCUCUCUCCCUGUCUCUCGCUCUCUCUCCCUGUCUCUGCGCUCUCUCUCCCUGUCUCUCGCCUCUCUCUCUCCCUGUCUCUCGCUCUCUCUCUCUCCCUGUCUCUCGCUCUCUCCUCUCCCUGUCUCUCGCUCUCUCUCUCUCCCUGUCUCUCUCUCUCUCCCCCUGUCUCUCGCUCAAUUAAAUUAAUUUCAAUUCAAUAGACUUUAUUGACAUGGCAAGUAAAAUUACUUAUAUUGUCAAAGUAUAGAUAUAACAAAAAUGGUGGGACCAACAGCAAUAAUAAUUUUGGUUAGUGAACUGAGCCUCAGAACCAGCUGGCUGAGGGGACUCUUCUCUUGUUUCAUCUAUUGACAUAGUAGCGCUGUGUGAUGGAAUGUUUUGGGGUCACUUGAUUUUAGAUGGUUGUAAAAUGUGGCUAUUUUUUCUAUUCGAAUAAGGAGGGGGUAUUGGCCCAAUUCUGCUCUACAUGCAUUAUUUGGAGUUUUCCUUUGCACUUGCAAUACAGUCUUGCAAAACUCUGCAUGCAGUAUUUCGAUUGGAUGUUUGUCCCAUUUGGUAAAUUCAGUAUUGGAGAGCGGAACCCAUACUUCGCUGCCAUAUAGAGCAAUUGGUUCUAUAACUGAUUGGACAGUUUUGAGCCAGAUUCUAAUUGGAAUUUCGAUUUUAAUAUUCCUUUUAAUGCAUAGAAUGCUCUUCUUGCUUCGUCUCUCAGCUCAUUCACAGCCAUGUGAAAGCUACUUGUGUUGCUGAUAUUUAGUCCUAGAUAUGUGUACUUUUUGGUGUGUUCUAAUAGAACUGUGUCCAAUUAGAAAUCAUCCUCUCGCUCUCCCGAGUGGCGCAGUGGUCUAAGGCACUGCAUCGCAGUGCUAGCUGUGCCACUAGAGAUCCUGGUUCGAAUCCAGGCUCUGUCGUAGCCGGCCGCGACCGGGAGACCCAUGGGGCGGCGCACAAUUGGCCCAGCGUCGUCCAGGGUAGGGGAGGGAAUGGCCGGCAGGGAUGUAGCUCAGUUGGUAGAGCAUAGCGUUUGCAUGCCAGGGUUGUGGGUUCGAUUCCCACGGGGGGCCAGUAUGAAAAAAUAAAAAAUAAAAAUAAUGUAUGCACUCACUAACUGUAAGUCGCUCUGGAUAAGAGCGUCUGCUAAAUGACGUAAAUGUAAAUUUCCGGACCUUUUUUUGGAAUAUCAUUAUAUUCUUUUUUUAUUUAUUAAUGAUACUGCAGAGAAUUUUCCCCAAGUUGCUGUUAACGCAAAUUCCUCUGUAAUUAUUUGGGUCAAAUUUGUCUCCAUUUUUAUAAAUUGGUGUGAUCAAUCCUUGGUUCCAAAUAUCGGGGGAAAUACCUGCAGUUAGGAUAUUGUUGAAGAGUUUGAGUAUAGCCAAUUAGAAUUUGUGUUCUGUAUAUUUGAUCAUUUCAUUUAAAAUACCAUCAGCACCACAGGCCUUUUUGGGUUGGAGAGUGCAAAGUUUUUCCAAUAAUUCUUGUUCUGUAAUUGGGGUAUCCACAGGAUUAUGAUAGUCUUUGACUGCUGAUUCAAGGAUUUGUAAUUUUUCUUGUAUAUCUUGUUGUUCUGGACUCUUUGUUAUAUUUCUGUAGAGGUUUGCAAAGUGAUUUCUCCACAUAUCCCCAUUUUGGAUAGCCAAUUCCUCAUUAUGAGGUUUGUUUAAUUUAUUCCAAUUCUCCCAGAAGUGGUUUGAUUCUAUGGAUUCCUCAAUCACAUCCAGCUGAUUUCUAAUGUGCUGUUCUUUUUUUGUUCUUAGGGUGUGUUUGUAUUGCUUCAGUGUUUCCCCAUAUUGAAGGCGUAUAUUUUUGUUGUCUGGGUCUCUGUGUUUUUGAUUAGAUAUAUUUCUCAAUUACUUUCUUAGAUUUUUGCAAUCAUUAUUACAUUUACAUUUUAGUCAUUUAGCAGAUGCUCUUAUCCAGAGCGACUUACAGGAGCAAUUAGGGUUAAGUGCCUUGCUCAAGGGCACAUUUACGUCAUUUAGCAGACGCUCUUAUCCAGAGCGACUUACAAAUUGGUGCAUUCACCCUAUAGCUAGUGGGAUAACCACUUUCCAAAUUUUUUUUUUUUUUUUAGAAGGAUUACUUUAUCCUAUCCCAGGUAUUCCUUAAAGAGGUGGGGUUUCAAAUGUCUCCGGAAGGUGGUGAGUGACUCCGCUGUCCUGGCGUCGUGAGGGAGCUUGUUCCACCAUUGGGGUGCCAGAGCAGCGAACAGUUUUGACUGGGCUGAGCGGGAACUAUGCUUCCGCAGAGGAAUGGGAGCCAGCAGGCCAGAGGUGGAUGAACGCAAUGCCCUCGUUUGGGUGUAGGGACUGAUCAGAGCCUGAAGGUACGGAGGUGCCGUUCCCCUCACUGCUCCAUAGGCAAGCACCAUGGUCUUGUAACGGAUGCGAGCUUCAACUGGAAGCCAGUGGAGUGUGCGGAGGAGGGGGGGUGACGUGAGAGAACUUGGGAAGGUUGAACACCAGACGGGCUGCGGCAUUCUGGAUGAGUUGUAGGGGUUUAAUGGCACAGGCAGGGAGCCCAGCCAACAGCGAGUUGCAGUAAUCCAGACGGGAAUGACAAGUGCCUGGAUUAGGACCUGUGCCGCUUCCUGUGUAAGGCAGGGUCUACUCUCCGAAUGUUUGUAGAGCAUGAACCCGCAGGAUCGGGUCACCGCCUUGAUGUUUAUCGGAGAACGACAGGGUGUUGUCCAGGGUCACGCCAAGGCUCUUCGCACUCUGGGAGGAGGAACACAACGGAGUUGUCAACCGUGAUGGCGAGAUCAUGGAACGGGCAGUCCUUCCCCGGGAGGAGAGCAGCUCCGUCUUGCCAGGGUUCAGCUUGAGGUGGUGAUCCGUCAUCCAUACUGAUAUGUCUGCCAGACAUGCAGAGAUGCGAUUCGCCACCUGGUUAUCAGAAGGGGGAAAGGAGAAGAUUAGUUGUGUAUCGUCAGCGUAGCAAUGAUAGGAGAGGCCAUGUUAUCAAACCAUUUUUCAUUAUCUAUUAUUUUUGGUUUGCUCUUAUGUUUCUUAAGAUUAGCCAAGGAGGCUAAUUUGUCAAAUAUAACGUUUAUGUUCCAAACGGCCAAAUUUACACCUUCAUUGCUGUAGGAGAAUGUUAAGGCUAAAAAGUUGUCCAGGAGAGAUUGUAUUUUUUGGCUACUAAUUGCUUUUUGUUAGAUUUCUGUACUGUUUGCACUCCAUCUAUAGGUCUGUUUAGUACCAUGUGAUUUAUUGGGCCGUGAUGCUUCAUGGUUGGGUUCUGCUCUUCUCAGAUACACUGUGAUUUUACUGUGGUCUGAGAGAGGUGUUAGUGGGCUGACUGUGAAGGCUCUGAGAGACUCUGGGUUGAGGUCGGUGAUGAAGUAGUCUACAGUACUCCUGCCAAGGGAUGAGCUGUAGGUGUACCUACCAAAAGAGUCCCUUCUUAGCCUACCAUUGACUAUGUACAGACCCAGUGUUCGACAGAGCUUCAGGAGCUGUACUCCAUUUUUGUUUUUCACUUUGUCAUAGUUGUUUCUGGGGGGGUAUGUGGGGAGGGAAAGGUUGUUGCUUCCUGGUAGGUGUUUGUCCCCAUGACUGUUAAUAGUGUCUAGUUCUUCUGCUGUUCUAGCAUUCAGGUCUCCACAGACCAGCACAUUGCCUUGGGCCUGAAAGUGACUAAUCUCCCCCUCUAGAAUGGAGAAACUCUCUUCAUUGAAGUAGGGUGACUCUGAGGGGGGAAUGUACAGUGAGGGGAAAAAAGUAUUUGAUCCCCUGCUGAUUUUGUACGUUUGCCCACUGACAAAGAAAUGAUCAGUCUAUAAUUUUAAUGGUAGGUUUAUUUGAACAGUGAGAGACAGAAUAACAACAACAAAAAUCCAGAAAAACGCAUGUCAACAAUGUUGUAAAUUGAUUUGCAUUUUAAUGAGGGAAAUAAGUAUUUGACCCCCUCUCAAUCAGAAAGAUUUCUGGCUCCCAGGUGUCUUUUAUACAGGUAACGAGCUGAGAUUAGGAGCACACUCUUAAAGGGAGUGCUCCUAAUCUCAGCUUGUUACCUGUAUAAAAGACACCUGUCCACAGAAGCAAUCAAUCAAUCAGAUUCCAAACUCUCCACCAUGGCCAACACCAAAGAGCUCUCCAAGGAUAUCAGGGACAAGAUUGUAGACCUAAAAAGGCUGGAAUGGGCUACAAGACCACUGCCAAGCAGAUUGGAGAGAAGGUGACAACAGUUGGUGCGAUUAUUCACAAAUGGAAGAUAACACAAAAUAACUGUCAAUCUCCCUCGGCCUGGGGCUCCAUGCAAGAUCUCACCUCGUGGAGUUACAAUGAUCAUGAGAACGGUGAGGAAUCAGCCCAGAACUACACGGGAGGAUCUUGUCAAUGAUCUCAAGGCAGCUGGGACCAUAGUCACCAAGAAAACAAUUGGUAAUACACUACGCCGUGAAGGACUGAAAUCCUGCAGCGCCCGCAAGGUCCCCCUGCUCAAGAAAGCACAUAUACAGGGCCGUCUGAAGUUUGCCAAUGAACAUCUGAAUGAUUCAGAGGAGAACUGGGUGAAAGUGUUGUGGUCAGAUGAGACCAAAAUCGAGCUCUUUGGCAUCAACUCAACUCACCGUGUUUGGAGGAGGAGGAAUGCUGCCUAUGACCCCAAGAACACCAUCCCCACCGUCAAACAUGGAGGUGGAAACAUUAUGCUUUGGGGGUGUUUUUCUGCUAAGGGGACAGGACAACUUCACCGCAUCAAAGGGACGAUGGACGGGGCCAUGUACCGUCAAAUCUUGGGUGAGAACCUCCUUCCCUCAGCCAGGGCAUUGAAAAUGGGUCGUGGAUGGGUAUUCCAGCAUGACAAUGACCCAAAACACACGGCCAAGGCAAAAAAGGAGUGGCUCAAGAAGAAGCACAUUAAGGUCUUGGAGUGGCCUAGCCAGUCUCCAGACCCUAAUCCCAUAGAAAAUCUGUGGAGGGAGCUGAAGGUUCGAGUUGCCAAACGUCAGCCUCGAAACCUUAAUGACUUGGAGAAGAUCUGCAAAGAGGAGUGGAACAAAAUCCCUCCUGAGAUGUGUGCAAACCUGGUGGCCAACUACAUGAAACGUCUGACCUCUUUGAUUGCUAACAAGGGUUUUGCCACCAAGUACUAAGUCAGGUUUUGCAGAGGGGUCAAAUACUUAUUUCCCUCAUUAAAAUGCAAAUUAAUUUAGAACAUUUUUGACAUGCGUUUUUCUGGAUUUUUUUGUUGUUAUUCUGUCUCUCACUGUUCAAAUAAACCUACCAUUAAAAUUAUAGACUGAUCAUUUCUUUGUCAGUGGGCAAACGUACAAAAUCAGCAGGGGAUCAAAUACCUUUUUCCCUCACUGUAUGUGGCACAGAGGAAGAUGUUUUUAUCUGUUAACUUAGCCUCCUUGUUGAUUUUUAGCCAGAUAAAGAAUUCUCUUGUUUUGAUCAAUUCGAUUGAAUUAGUUAGUUCAGAUUUAUACCAUAUUAGCAUUUCCCCAAGUCUCUGCCCUGUGUGAUUCCUUUUAAUUUGGUGGAUGGUACGAUUAUCUCCCUAUAACCUAGUGGACAGCCAGUGGAAACAUCACCUCUGCACCAUGUUUCCUGUUGUACUACAAUAUCAACAUCAUCCAUUUAUUUAAGGAAGCCUGGGUUUCUGCUCUUUAGCCCAAAAGCAGAGGACUUCAAACCUUGUAAAUUCCAACAUGCAACGUAAAAAGACUUCAUAACUGUUAGGCCUCGUCUGGGUGGGUCUGAAGCUGGGCUGGGGUGGUCUGUGCUGUGCUGGAUGUGGUGGGCAUUGAGGUUGGUGGUGCUGUGGCCGUGGCUGUGGGGUCCAGGGUGCUGAUCCGGGGUGUUGUCUCUGUGAUCUCGGGGGGCUGGGGGGGAGGGCUGGGGAGGCCUGGCUGGUUGAGGUGGGCUCAUCUGCUGUGUGAGGGCAGGUCAUAGAGUGGUGAUCUAGCUACUCCUGCAGCCUGUCCUCUGUUCUCCUUCUCUCCUGCAGCUCCUCUCUUAGUGUGGUCAGCUCGUUAUUACUGCUCUGCCUGUCUUUUUGGAGCUCUCUCACCUCCUUUGUUAGAUCAGCCAGCUCUCUCUUGAGUCCGUCUCUCUCUUGCUGAACUUCUUUCAGCUGUGUUGCAAGGCUGCUGUCCUGCUCUGUCCGCACCUUGGUUAGGAGCUCCUCUAAGGUGUGGAUGUCUGGUUGCUGUUUGCUCACACUCUCCCUGAGCAGGACCACCUCUCCCUCCAGGUGGUGAACUGAUCCCUCAUGGCAGCCAUGGUGGUGAGGAGGCCCUUAGCCUGCUCUGCACUGAGGGGGUCGCUCCUCCUGGGGCGUGUCCUCCACUAUGGUGGGAAGAGAGGUGCUGGAUGUGCCUUUUUGGGUGGGGAUAGUGAGGGUGGUGCUGGUGGAGUUUGUCUUGUGGGAGGGCAUGUCACUGGUGGUGUCCUCUCUCUCUGCUCUCUCCUUAAUGGUCUGAAAGUCUGUUUCAAACAGCCUAAGGUUACCUUGCACCAUGACAGUCCCAGUCUUGUAGAGGUUGAUUGUUAUCAUGGUGCUGUCAGGGUCGUCUGUCUCUUUGACUUUCAGCUUCCACCCAUUACAGAUUCCCUCUUUCUUUACGGAUGGGUAUUGAGAGCAGACUGCUGAGCGCCAUGCAUUUGGCUGGUCAGUGAGAAAGAUGAGAUUACUCACAUCACCGUUUUUGUAGAGGUCUAUGAAAAGGGUUUCUGGCCUCCCCUUUAGUAGAUUCUGUUUAAAAGCUUUCCUCGUUGUGUCAUUUUUGGCCUCUGGGGGGUAGAGAAUGGACUCAGUGCUGAGGGGGAGUGGGGACAUGGUGCCUGUGGGCUCUGCUACUGCUGCUGAUCUGUUCUGCUGCACCGUUGCCAUGGCAACCACGUUUGUUUGUCUGUUUGCUAGCUAGCGCCUGUUUAGCUCAAAAACCAGCAAAAAUAAUGAAACAUCUUCACACACAAAAACAGAAGAUAUGUUUAAAGUUAGAGUCCGUGCUUCUUUUUGAUUUACUCAGUUUGGUUGUUUGAUGUAGUUGUAUUAACUCCCCUUGCUAGGUUUGUUCUAGCUCCAUUUUCUGGCUGGCUGGCUUGUUAGCCUGCUGGCUAGGUUUUUGUUGUGUAGCUAGCUAGUGAGAGUCAAAACUUCUUAAUUUGAGGCGCAAAGUUACUUUUUUUUUCCUAUUCUGAUUUAAUAGACUUCUUGUCUUGAAUUCUUUUUAGAUUUGAGUGUUUAUCUCAUUCUAAAAACAAAAAAACUGAAAUAAAUCAGGAGCUCAUGUUGAGCAUGACUUCUCUCUCUCUCUCUCUCUCUCCCUCUCUCUCUGUGUGUCUCUCUCUCUCUGUGUCUCUGUCUCUCUCUCUCUCCAGGUUUUGAUGACUUCAACCUGUCCCUCCACUCUGACAUGGCGUCGGUGGCUAAGGCCAUGGCGUCCCCAGAGUCUGGCCUGGAGGUCAGAGACAGGAUGUGGCUCAAGAUCACCAUCCCCAACGCCUUCCUGGGUGAGAGAGCGUGAACACUGAGGGCCGUAGUGACGCUGUGGAUGGAAAAGGGGAUUGAACUGAUAAAGCAAAUCUCUCCUGUUUUUCUCCUCUCUUUUCUCGUCCCUGUGUGUGUCCCUGUGUGUGUGUGUGUCCCUGUGUGUGUGUGUGUGUCCCUGUGUGUGUGUGUGUAUGUGUGUCCCUGUGUGUGUGUGUGUGUGUGUGUCCCUGUCUGUGUGUGUGUGUGUGUGUCCCUGUCUGUGUGUGUGUGUGUGUGUGUGUGUGUCCGUGUGUCCCUGUGUGUCCGUGUGUGUGUGUCCCUGUGUGUGUGUCCCUGUGUGUGUGUCCCUGUGUGUGUGUCCCUGUGUGUGUGUGUGUGUGUCCCUGUGUGUGUGUGUCCCUGUGUGUGUGUGUCCCUGUCUGUGUGUGUGUGUCCCUGUCUGUGUGUGUGUGUGUGUGUGUGUCCCCCUGUCUGUGUGUGUGUGUGUGUGUGUGUGUGUCCCCCUGUGUGUGUGUGUCCCUGUGUGUGUCUGUGUCCCUGUGUGUGUGUGUCCCUGUGUUCCUGUGUGUGUGUCCCUGUGUGUGUGUGUGUGUGUGUGUGUGUCUGUCUGUGUCCCUGUGUGUGUCUGUCUGUGUCCCUGUGUGUGUCUGUCUGUGUCCCUGUGUGUGUGUGUCUGUGUCCCUGUGUGUGUGUGUCUGUGUCCCUGUGUGUGUGUGUGUCUGUCUGUCUGUCCAGGUUCUGACGUGGUGGAGUGGCUUUACCACCACAUCGAGGGCUUCCAGGACCGCCGUGAGGCCCGGAAGUACGCCAGUAACCUGCUGAAGGCCGGCUUCAUCCGCCACACGGUCAACAAGAUCACUUUCUCAGAACAGUGCUACUACAUCUUCGGUGACUUCAGCGACUGCGAGAACUGUGAGGACUAAUCGGGGGACUUUUGCUGAAUACCUUUUUGUACAGAAAAACCUGAAUAGUUUUGAUUGCUUGGAUUUUAAUUUGAAAAACGCAUUUGUGGAAAGGUUGAUGCUUAUACACUCCCCUCCAUAUGAAAUAUUUGAUUUCAAAUCCAAAAUGCUGGAGUAUAGAGCCAAAUAAAAAAAAUUUGCUUCGCUGUGCAAAUACAUUCGGUGAGCGUGUACAGUAUCUACUCAAUAGAAGUACCUACAGUUAGAGCUUAUUCAAACCCUUUGGCUAAACGGGUACUUUAACUAGUUUAACUUGACCUCUCUCCUUUUCUCUACUCUCUUCUUCCUCCCCCUCUCCCCCACCCCCUCUUUCCCCCCAGACAUGGCCAACCUGUCUCUGAACGACAACGACGGCUCCAGUGGGGCCUCUGAUCAAGACACCCUGGCCCCCCUGCCCCUCCCGGGGGUCACGCCCUGGCCCCUGCUACACUCCUUCCCCACCUUCCAGUACCCCCACCCCCACCCCUACUCCAGUCAGCCCCCACCCUACCACGAACUGUCCAGCUACAGCUUCGCCCCAGGCAGCACGGGCACAGCUAGCCAGCACAGCGAAGGUAAGCCCAAGGGUGGGAGGGAGGGAGAGAGCGAGCGAGGGAGGGAGGGAUGUAGGGAAAGCAGGUCGGGGAGGGUGUCACAUUGGUGGCUAAUUUCCAAAUUGUGACUGCAUUACGGAAUCAAACUAAAUAAAUAACCAUAUAUGUAUGAAAGCUGGCAGUUUUAAGCUGUUUGAACCUGUUCUAAACUCUCCUGACCCGUUCUAACCAGUUCCAACCUGUGUUUGUCCCCCUAGGGAGUCGGAGCAGUGGGUCUACAAAGAGCGAGGGUGGCGAGAGGAGGCGGGGAAGUAAGGGAGGUCCUGGCAGCACGGUUGGGGGAGGAGGAGGAGAGAAGUCCCCCUCUGGAGGGGAAGGGGAGGGCUCGGGCAGCGGCAGCGAAUCGGAAUACUCUGUCCGCAGCAGCCUGAGGCGGGGCCACGGCUCGGCCACGCCCAGUGAACACAGCCACACAUCCCAGCGCUCGCAUCAUCACCGCAUGCCCCCCCACAUGUCGCCCUACCCGCCUGGGAUGCCCAUGCCCUACAACCCUAUGAUGGUGAUGAUGGUGCCCCAACACCCACACAUGGGACACCCAAACAUGGGACACCCCCAGCACCACCCCUCGGUCCCCAUGCACCCAGGCAUGGGCCCCUCCGCUGUCCCUGGAGGACCACCCGGGGCCCCCCCAACCCGUGACCUGGGCUCUGUGCCCCCUGAGCUGACCGCCUCGCGCCAGUCCUUCCACCUAGCAAUGGGCAACCCCAGCGAGUUCUUUGUGGAUGUCAUG